AAUGUGACGAAACCCGACCCAGUUUUUCUACAGCACUCAAACUGUAAACUCCACACGCGGCAGAGGCGCCAUCGUCUCGACGGCAUGCAAGCGAGGCACGUGCGAGCCAAUCCCCUCCAAGCGUCGCCCUUCGGCUGACCUUCAACCAACGCGUGUAGCCCCUGAAACCGCCACGUCUACCUUCUUCCCGGUGCCUCCGCCGUCCAUAAGAGAGCCUCGGAGCGCCUUCUCCUCCCUAAACCGCGACGCCUUGCUGGGAUAACUGUCGCCGGAAAAAAAUCGAAUCGUCCGCUUUAGAUCACUUCUCGUCGGAAGUAUGGCAGAUCAGGCGAAGUCCGUGGCGCAGAGGGUGCAGGAGACCGCGCCGAGCACAGACCAGGCUGUGAGAUUCCUCUUCGCCGGGACGGCCGGCGUCGCCCUCCUCGUCCUCUCGGGGCUCACCCUCACAGGCACAGUCGUCGCCCUGGCUGCCGCCACGCCUCUGCUCGUCAUUUUCAGCCCCGUCUUGGUCCCCGCGGCCAUCGCCGCCUUCCUCAUCGCCGCCGGGCUUCUGUCCGCCGGCGGCUUCGGCGUCGCCGCGCUGUCGGCGAUCGCGUGGAUCUACAACUACGUCACCGGGAAACACCCGCCGGGAGCGGACAAGGUGGACUACGCGAGGUCGAGGAUCAUGGACACGGCGAGGGACGUGAAGGAGCGGGCCCGGGAGUACGGGCACUACGUGCAGCACAAGGCCCAAGAGGUGACCCAGGGUUGAGGAAUCGGACCCGGAUCGGAACCGAUUCAAAACCGUGUGAACUUCUCCGGCUCUUUCUCCGGUUGUCGUUGCCCAGUCGUUUCGCCUUUCUAGUAGAUAUAAAUAAUUAGAGAUCUAUUUUAGGUGUUUGAUGCGUUUGUGGUAAAUAAUUAUGGGUGUGAACGUCAUCGGCUCUUUGUUCAUGUGAAGUUGAUUUCGAUGUAUGCUUCAAAGUACUGGUAAACUGUGGAUGCCAUUUAGUUUCUUUUCAUAUAAGGCAUUAAACCGGGCCAGAAUUCUUUUUCUUGCUGUUGAUCAGGAUCGCUUCAACCU